GCCCUCCCACGUCAAAGGCCCCCGGGUCCCACCGGCGCUGAUGAUGAUAGAGAUGCGGGGUCGGGGAGCCCUGUUGCUGUUGCUGAUAGAGAUGGGGGUCGGGGAACCUUGUUGCUGUUGAUAGAGACGUGGGGUCGGGGAACCCUGUUGCUGUUGCUGCUGGAACCAUCGACUCCCCCCUCACAAUCAUUAUCAACAACAUCCCCAACUAUCACGGAGUCGCCAAUCGAGGUCGGAAGCCGCGUGAGUCGGUUCCGUAGUCCCGACGCCAUAUCCAUCCGAGUACGAUCUGUGCAAGUUGGAAGACGAAGACGACGUAAAAUAUAUUUAAGGGGAAGUUGGUCCGAGUUGAAGUCGGUACAAAAACGCGCGGUGGGAUGCCCCGCUUGA